CCCGCCACUGAGGCUCUGAAGGGGGAAGUGCCUUUUCCGUCUUUGCUCGGGGAGAAGGGGAUUUGAGAGGAGGUGGAACAUGACAUCUCCGUUGGGUCAGCAUUAGGGAGCCGAGCUUAAGAGGGGUGCCCGCCGGCAUCUGUUUCCAAGCAAUGACCUCCAAGGCAAAAAAGCGGGUGGCCCUCCCCACGCGCCCCGAGCCCCCCAACACUGAUCAGAUCCUCGAGGAUGUUCAGCGUGCCCAGCCCAAUGACCCCGUCUUUGUCUUGCUGGCAGAACCCAACGAAGACUUGCCUACCGCAGCCAAGAACGAAGACCCGGAAGCCAAGAGGGAGCGCCUUUAUCGGCUGACGCAGUCGUACGUGGAGAUGAACCAUCGCCUGCAGAAGGCCUGCAGCCUCCUCAAGGAGAAAUGUGAGGAGCUGAAGCUGGCUGGCGCGACUCUGGAGCAAGGCAUCUUGGAAAUGAAGCAGAGGGCCUUGUGAGGUUCUCUGUUCUUGACGUGGGUGCGCGCGCGUGGGGGGGAAGCGGCGGCCACCGCCGAUCAAAAGAGUUGGAGGAAAUGAGACU